AUGCGAUGCAGAAUCUCCUGUUGCACAGCAGUCAGGCAGGCUGGAGCAAGUGCGGAGCAGGCUGGAGGUGCCGGCAGGGCAGGAGCGGAGCAGGCUGGAGGUGCCGGCAGGGCAGGAGCGGAGCAGGCUGGAGGUGCCGGCAGGGCAGGAGUAGUGCAGGCUAGAGGUGCCGGCAGAGCAGGAGCGGAGCAGGCUGGAGGUGCCGGCAGGGCAGGACCGGAGCAGGCUGGAGGUGCCGGCAGGGCAGGAGAGGAGCAGGCUGGAGGUGCCGCCAAGGCAGGAGCGGAGCAGGCUGGAGGUGCCGGCAGGGCAGGAGUAGAGCAGGCUUGA